AAAACAACAACUUCCGUCUGGUUGUUGACAACGUGAACCACACUUUUAAGUUUAUUUCUUGUCACGACAAUGGUCUUUUACUUCAUUAGCAAUGUGGUGUCUCCACCCUACACAAUGUACAUGGGACUGGACAAGCAUGAAAAUGAGGAUUUGAUCAAGUGGGGAUGGAAGGAGGAUGUAUGGUUCCAUGUUGACAAGGUGUCCUCAGCUCACGUAUACCUCCGGCUCCAUUCAGGAGAAACAUUAGACGAUGUCCCUCAGGCUGUGGUAGAUGAGUGUGCCCAGCUGGUGAAGGCCAACAGUAUUCAAGGCAACAAGAUGAACAACAUUGACGUUGUGUACACAAUGUGGGAAAACCUGAAGAAGACAGCAGGGAUGGAUGUAGGGCAGGUGGGCUUCCACAGACAGAAGGAGGUGAGGAAAGUUAGAAUAGAGAAGAGAAUCAAUGAGAUAGUGAACCGAUUAAACAAGACAAAGGAGGAGCGUUCCCCUGAUUUGAGACAAGAGCGGGAAAACCAAGAUAAGCUGGAGCGGGAAGACAAGAGAAGGAAGGAACAGGAGAUCAAACAACGAGAUAAGGAGGAUGAGAAACGGAGGAAGGAACAAGCAGAGCUGCGUUCCUAUGACAGUCUAAUGAGGCCUGAAAACAUGCAGUCUAAUGUGGAUGAUGGCAAUGACUCAGAUGACUUUAUGUGACUGGGACACAUGAAGGUUAAGGACGCCCAUGACAUCCUGGACACACCACUUGAACAAUAUCAAGGGAAUCCGCCAUGCUCAUGGGUCAGGGAAGGCCAACAGUUCCACCACAUGCCAACAAUGAUCCAAUCACUGUGUGUUCUUCUACCGUGGGAUGUGGUUUUUACCAAUCACGUCAAUGGUUACACACGGGUCAAAGCAUGGAAACAGUUGGCCAGAUUGGAAGAUUUUGUGAUCGAGUGCUAGUGAGAUUUUAAAGCCUCAUAAUUGAGAAAUCACCAGGUGGACAUUCAGAACUGUGAUCUAUAUGGACAAGUCCUGCGCAUCAUUAGGAGAUGAGGUGUGUGUGAGUUGGAUGUGUGACCUGCUCAUAUUAGUUGACUUCAGUGAUACAAGAGUCAGUAUCUGAUAUCUAUAUGUGAUAUACCCUGCUUUGUGCCUUGAGGGGAAAAAUGCCAGCAUCUGAUGUCACGCCAGUAAUGUCAAGCCACAGCGACUGUUGUCAACUGUUGCCCAGUCUCAAGGCUACAACAUGCAUCGCUUGGAACAUUGAUUCAUUCUAUCACUGUCAACAAGCCCCAUCGGCACAGGCUCAUUCAGUGUGCGAAAUAGCCACCGGCCCGCUAGCCUGUGGCUAGUAAAAAUCCAGUCGGGCCAGUAAAUCUCCACAGUCACUGGCUCAAUGAUGAAACCUGUGUCUACAUUUAAAUUUCGGGCAUAGCGAAGUAUUUUGUGGGCUAGCAACUUUCAGGCAUAGCUAGCCCGACUGGCUAGCAAAAUAUGGAACCUUUUUCGCACACUGGGCUCAUUAUAAGAGUUGGUUUACAGAUUACAUCGUCCUAAGACCUUCCUGCUGCUCCAGCUAAGAACUGAAUAAAACCUUACAUAUUUUAGCUGAAUUUACAGAUACCCCAACCAAAAUAAUUGAAAAUUAGAAAAUAUAUACAAUUAAGGUCUUUACAUACUGCCAGUGGUAAAGGUAAUUAAUUUGGGACAAUAAAAACAACAGUGAAAUGCUGCUGUCAGGUUUCCAAAUUUUAUUUAUGAUGAUCCACACCAUGAUUUACCAUCUAUCCUAUCUAUUGUUUUCACAUGCCAAUUCUAAUCAAACUUUAAGAUGAAUUAAAAAAUACUGUACUGUUCAGUCUUACCAACCAAAUAUUUUGCUAUCCAAAUUUGUAAACCCCAAAAGAGAAAAUCUGGUCUGUUGACAAAAGGAAUGGCUUUUCCCUUCCAUCAUUUCUUGUAGGCAUUUUUAUUUAUUAAGUACAAAAGUAAUAUUAAGAUACAGUCAAAUCUUUGCAAGUAGAAACUAGAUAAAAACAAGAAAAGUAAGAUAUGUAGGUACUGCUUUAAGGAUAUCCAACAGCAUA